UCGUGUAGAAUAUAUUACAACGUAUGUGAACAAAGAUCUACUGCGACACGAUUUUUUUUCAAAAUGGCUAUCACGGAAAAGAACCAAGUUUACGAGAAAGUGCCAGUUAAUGAUGUGAUAAGUGAAAAUGAAGAAACCCAUAUACCCUCAUAUGGCUAUGGAGUCCGUCAUGUCCAAGCCGUAAUUCUCUUUAUCUGCAUGUUGGUUGGUUAUAUAGCAAGAACUCACCUAGGAGUCACCAUAGUAGCGAUGACCAGUGCCAUUGCUCAUGAAAAUUCUACAUUGAAUAUGACAGUUAUGGAAGCAAAUGGAACAGGACUUAAUAUAACUGAUGCCUUAGAUUUUAAUAUCACUAACGCUGGUAAUGAAACAAAUGUUUUAAACAGUAGCAAUGAAGGCAGUAUAUGGAAUGUUUAUCGGACGUACGACUGGUCAAAACCUAUACAUGAUUUGAUCCUGGGUGCUUUCUUCGUUGGGUAUUGCAUCGCCAUGUUUCCCACCGGCAUGAUCUGUCAACGUUUCGGAGGGAAGCUGCCACUUCAGAUAAGUCUACUGAUAAAUGGAAUCGUAACUUUAGCGACUCCGUCCGUUGCUGUUUGGGGUGGCUGGAAGGCCGUGUACUGUUGUCGAGUCCUCCAAGGAUUAAGCCAAGCUGGUCUAUACCCAAGUGCUCACUGCCUUCUAGCCAAAUGGGUCCCUGUCAGUGAAAAAGCCACUAUUAGCAGUUUUGUAUACACUGGAACCUUACUAGGCACAGUGAUUGCCUUUCAAAUAGCAGGGUUAUUGGCCAGCACUGCCGCAGGGUGGCCUAGUACCUUCUGGAUCACAGGCGCCUUGUGUAUAGCGACUUGUCUAAUGUUAACCGUCUUCGGCGCUGCCAGCCCUGAUCUUCACAAGACUAUCAGCGACGACGAGAAAAACUACAUUUUGGGCAAGAUUGAUGAUGGCGUAAAGAAAAAGGCUGCCAAGGCACCUUGGAAACGUAUCUUCACAUCGAUACCCGUCUGGUCUACAUUCGUUACUCACACUGCGGCCGGGAUCUGUUUCGUCUUUCUUUUUACUCAAAUACCAUCAUAUAUGCAUUAUAUACUCGGCUUUAAUGUCAAAGAUAGUGGACUUCUUUCCUCACUGCCUUACAUAGCGAGUUCCAUCGCUAAUAUUGGCUUUGGAGUCUUCUUCGACUUCUGCAUCAACAGGGGCUAUCUCUCAACUAAAAAUGCGCGUAAGGUGUGCAACAGUCUUGCUGCAUGGGGUCCAGCAGUGUGUUUGGUGUCAGUUUCUUUCACACACAAUAGUGGACUAGCGGUGUUACUGUUAAUCAUGGCAGUGGGACUGUCUGCAGGCAUUCACUCUGGAUGGAUGGUUAACUACAUAGACCUGUCACCUAACUACAGCGGUUCUUUGAUAGCCACUGGCAAUACCUUUUCAACCAUUGGCAUCACGUUACUGCCCGUUCUUGUAUCUAAUGUGGUCAUCGAUGUGUAUGAUCCGCAUCAGUGGCGCAUUGUCCUGUUUAUCAUGGCUACUCUUAUAUCCGUCUGCAAUGCAGUUUUCGUCCUCUUCAUGUCUGCUGAUAAGCAACCUUGGGACCAGAUCGAUGAUGAAGAAAACGUUGAAGCCGAAAAAUCUAUCGAAAUAACGUCAAUGGAAAAUAUUCCAGAGAUACCUGUGUCUUAUGGUUAUGGAAUUCGACAUGUACAAGUUGCACUCUUACUGCUCAGUUUGACAGUAGCAUAUUCGGCACGCGCACAUAUAGGUCUAACUGUAGUUGCCAUGUCUAAAACACCACGUAAUGUAAAUAUAACUAUUAGUCAUUCUAGUGGUUUCGUAAAUGAAAGCAUCUACAAUAAUACAGUUAAUGCCAGUGACGUAAAAAAAGAAAACAAUAAUGGAAACUCAAUGGAAUCUGAAGUCAAUGGAAUUAUUUCAAAACUAAGCAAGGAGAAUGAAACAUCUGAAAGUAUUUGGAAUGUUUAUAUGACUUAUGAUUGGCCAAAAUCAAUUCAAGAGUUGAUUUUAGACUCAUUUUUCUUAGGUUACUUUUUGAUGAUGUUUCCUAUGGGAAUGGUUGCCCAACGUUUUGGAGGGAAGAUACCUCUGCAAGUAUGCAUGCUAGUUAACGGAGUAGUUUCCCUUAUCACUCCCUCAGUGGCUGCAUGGGGAGGAUGGAAAGCAGUAUGCUCCUGCCGGGUGAUACAAGGACUAAGUCAAGCAGGAGUGUACCCUAGCAUACAGACUGUACUGUCUAAAUGGGCGCCAGCAAGUGAACGAGGCAGAUUUGCCAGCUAUAUAUAUUCAGGUUCGACAAUAGGCACAGUUAUAGCAUUCCAAUCAAGUGGAGCAUUAUCAUCCAGUAAGGUGGGAUGGCCUGCCACAUUUUGGUUGUUCGGAUCCGUGUGUAUUGCGGCUUUUAUACUCCUGACUAUAUUUGCCGCUAGUUCACCAACCGAACACAAAAAUUUAAGUGAAGAAGAGAAAACCUUCAUUUUAGGAAGAAUUGAUGAUGGUGUAAAACAGAGGAUGAAAACUCCAUGGAAGCAAAUUCUAACUUCUAAGCACGUUUGGGGAACAUUUGCAGCACACGUAGCUUCUGGAGUCUGUUUCGUCUUUUUCAUGACUCAAACACCUACUUACAUGUUCUACAUACUCGGUUUUAACAUUAAAAACAGCGGCAUUUUGUCCUCCUUACCCUACAUCGCAAGUAUUAUCUUAUCUGUAGUCUACGGGAUAGUAUCCGACUAUUGUACCAACAGAGGAAUCGUCACUUUAAAGACAGCAAGGAUCGCAUCCAACAGUAUUGCACAAAUUGGACCAGCACUCUGCCUUGUGGCAGUGUCGUUCACUGAAAACAGUACAUUCGCCGUUAUUUUGCUGGUUCUUGGAGUUGGACUGCUUGCCGGCGUCCACGUCGGUUGGAUGUUGAACUACAUAGACCUAUCUCCAAACUUCAGUGGGUCCCUAAUGGCACUAGGAAACACACUGACAUCGUUCGCCUCUCUCUCGCAGCCAAUAUUAAUCUCAAACAUCGUCACCGACGUGAAAAACCGCUUUCAGUGGCGUAUCAUGAUGUUUCUUAUGGCCACUAUCAUCUUCAUUACUAAUGGAGUGUUUGCUUGGUUUAUAUCAACGGAAACUCAGCCUUGGGACCAAAUGGAAUCCAAAGACACCAGUGACACGGAAAAAAAAUAAUCAAUAAUUAUUAAUAAAAUCAGUUU